UGUCUUGCAGGGACUUCAAGGUCCUCCUGGGCCCUCAAGACCCUGGGUACUGCGCCCUCUGGCAGGAAUCAAAUAAGGGAGUCCGACCUCUUCUUGCUGGACAGCCGUACCAUCUGGGCUUCUGAGGAGGGCUGGUUGGUAUUUGACAUCACAGCCACCAGCAACCACUGGGUGGUCAACCCUCGGCACAACCUGGGCUUACAGCUCUCCGUGGAGACCCUGGAUGGACAGAGCAUCAACCCCAAGUUGGCAGGCCUGAUUGGACGGCAUGGACCCCAGAACAAGCAACCCUUCAUGGUGGCCUUCUUCAAGGCCACAGAGGUCCAUCUCCGUAGCAUCCGGUCCACGGGGGGCAAACAACGCAGCCAGAACCGCUCCAAGACUCCAAAGAACCAAGAGGCCCUGAGGAUGGCCAGUGUGGCAGAAAACAGCAGCAGUGACCAGAGGCAGGCCUGCAAGAAACACGAGCUGUAUGUUAGCUUCCGAGACCUUGGCUGGCAGGACUGGAUCAUCGCACCUGAAGGCUAUGCUGCCUACUACUGUGAGGGAGAGUGUGCCUUCCCUCUGAACUCCUACAUGAACGCCACCAACCAUGCUAUCGUCCAGACACUGGUUCACUUCAUCAACCCAGACACCGUACCCAAGCCCUGCUGUGCCCCCACCCAGCUCAACGCUAUAUCUGUCCUCUACUUCGACGACAGCUCCAACGUCAUCCUGAAGAAGUACAGAAACAUGGUGGUCCGGGCCUGUGGCUGCCACUAGGUCUUCCUGAGACCCUGACCUUUUGGGACCGCAUUUUUUCCAGAUCCGCAAUGUCUCACCACCUAAGUCUCUCACUGCCCACCUUGGCGAGGAGCCAACAGACCAAGCACCUCUCCUGAGCCUUCCCCUCACCUCCCCAACCGAAGCGUGCAAGGCAUUAGAAACCUGAGCACACCGUGGUUGAUAAGCAGCACACUUUCAUUCCGGCACAUUCCGGUUGAGAUCCUACACACUGCCUCUGGAAACGACUAGCAGGAAAAAUGUCUUCCAAGAAAGAGUCUGUUGGCCACGAUGGUCCCUGGCGCUUGGAAUCUUUGAGGGGUAAUUACAAGCACCUCCUUCGGCUGCAGCAGGAGGAAGGGCAUAACCAGGGUGGGCGCUUACGUCUGUGCUGAAGGAAAACCAAGCAGAAGUCCCUGUAAUAAAAUGUCACAAUAAAACCAAACCAUGACUGAAAA